AUGUGCAAGUGUCAAGAACCAACAGUUGAGCAAAGAUUGAAGAUGCAAGAACCAACCGUGGAAAUCACAGUACCUCAGUCUGCUGAGCGUAGCCAAGCUUUAGACAAUAUCAUGGGACUCACUCAAGAUGGAUCUUCCACAGGUCAAAAGUUGCAAAAAGCUUUCAACAAGAUGGAGAAAUUGGAAAAGAAAUUAACCCGGAGACCAGUCAAAAUCCAUAUGCUUGGACAAGAAGGAUGUCAAGAAUUUCAACUGAAUGGACAAACGUUUGAAGAACAAGUCAAGAAAGCCAACGAGAAGAACAAAAAAUCCCGUGAAGCGAAAAAGCAGAAAAAGGCUCCCACUGCAGGAAUCGAGGUGCUUCAAAACCUGGAUGAAGCUCCAGCAAAAGAAAACGGUGAGCAGUUAAAACUGGGCGAGGAGGUCGCUUGGAGAGUAAGGUUGGACAACGUGCUGGAAGGUAACAUGGAACGACAAGACCGACCGUAUUCCCGAGAAGAAAUACUAGCUCUGGAACAAGCCCGUUUUUACACUCCAGAGGAGAUUGAAACGAUGGUAGAGAAAGCAAAAGAUUUUCAUUUCCCUCUCAUCAACAGUCAGAACCUACUCAAACAGGGUCCGCUGGUGUUCUCCCUUCCUUUGAAGAGAUGAAAGUAGACGAGCUGGUCAAUGGACCAAGCUCCAUGGAAACUCAG